UGCAAAUGCAGUUCAAUGUAGCAAGUCCCCAUGCUUUUCUUGCCUCACUCCAAUGAAGCAGUUAAGCUCAUUCUACCAUCUUCAUUCUUAUAUUUCUUCGUAAAUCGACUCGAAAAAUAAUUUAAGAUGGUAAAAACUACUUGUUUGGAUAAGCAGAAGGAACAUUGGAAUCAAGAGGAGAAUGGGAAACUUUUUUCAGGUAAUUGUGCAUCUUCAUCAAAAAAAGCAGGACUGAGGAAAUGUGGAAAAAGUUGUAGGCAAAAGUGGGCUAAAAAUCAAAAGACUGAUACGAGGAAUGAGAGUUUUUCCCCUCAAGAAGAGGAGUUGAUCAUCAAGCUUCAUGCGGCAAUAGGAAGCAGGUGGCCUAUUAUAGCACAGCAACUUCCCGGGAGAACGGACAAUGAUGUGAAAACCUUAUGGAACACAAAACUGCGAAAAAAACUCUCUGCAAUGGGAAUCGACCCGGUUACUCAUAAGCCCUUCUCCCAAAUUCUCGCAGACUAUGGAAAUAUAGGCGCCUUCCCGAAAGCAAGAAUGCAGUUUACCUCUUCGAUGAUGUUAAAAUCGGAACAACCUCAAAAGCAUAACCAACAAACAUGUCCAAAUGUUGAACCAUUCAAAGACAAUUCCCUUCAUCUUUACUCCCAAUUUCAGGCUAUAAAUUUGGUUACAGAUUCAACAAACUAUACCAUCCCGCCGCAGUCUUUUAUGACUGAAUGUGCUUCUUCCUCGACUUCGCCUUCUUCGACUAUGAAUCAAGCAUCUACUUCGAGCUUCAACUGGAGUGAUUUUCUUCUUCAAGAUGUGCUCGUCCCUGAUCAAGAAAACGCGGUGAUACUUGCGCAAAAUCAUGCAAAUACAGAAGAAAAACAAGAUUAUGAAGCAGCUGAAGAUAAGAACAAUGAAACUUCAUUGUAUGCCCUGGAAAACUUGUCAUCUUCAAAUGGUUCAUUUGUGGAAGCCAUGAUAGCACGCCAAGACGAAAUGUUCUUGCAGUUUCCAACCCUAUACGAGGAACCGUCUUAUUACUAAAUACUAAUAGCUCGAUCCUAUAGUAUAGGAUAAUAUUAUAGGGAAAAAGGUUCAAAUCUUAUCUAUUGUAAUGUUCAAUUCGACUCAUUCAUUAAAGUCUUUCUACCUUACGUUAGUGUUAUUCUUUUCGGCUUAAUGGAUGUAAGGUUUCUAGUACCGUUAUUUAUAUAUUCAUGUUUAAAUUGAUAGACAUGCACAAAUAUUAUCGACA